UUUGAAUAUGAAAGGUUUUGCUGUCUUGUAAUUUUAAAAAUAGAUCGGUUUUUGUUUAAGGUGAAAACUUCUAAUUAGUCUGCGCUUUUCCUGUUUAAACAGCCGAUAGCUGGACUUGCAAUUUUAUUCAUAUUGUAACACUUUGUACAUAAACGCUGUCUUGCUGACCUGGCUAGGUCUUUGUCUCAGUACUUUUACUUUCUAAAAUAGCAACAGUAACAAAAGAUUUCAGGUGAGAAAUAGAAGUUGUAUUUAGUUUUCAUUUAACUAUAAGUGAUUUCUGUUUAUAUUUCUAUUGUAUUCUUUUGUCUUCAAUGGUUGUAAAAAUCAUAUAUAAGUAAGUUAGUUUUUACUGAUUUUUCGAUUACAUCGCCGAUUACAUCGCCGAUUACAUUGCCGAUUACAUCGCCGAUUAUUUCGCCGAGUCCUAGCCGAGUUAUUGCUGGUUGAUCCGCUGAAGAAUAAACGCUGUUGGAACCAAGUUUAGUCUGUUUUAUCUACUGCUGUUUAGUGGUCUGAUUUUUUUCCCAUUGCCAAUCUUAUUCUAAGAAAACGUUUUAAAAAUGUCCUUUAAAAAAAAAAAGCGCCAGAAAAUACAAUCGAAAUGCGCUCAUGCCCCCUGGGCAUCCUAUAACGCUCCUUAAAUCGAAUUAAUUCAAUAUGGCCGCCGUAUCGGUAAAAAGGUCUAUUAUUCUAUUUCGUACUUGUCUGCAUGGCCGCCCGAUAGGGCGGGCAUUUUUGGAAGCAAAUUUGUUUGUUUUGAAGACUAAAAAAUAGGUUGUGCAAGAUAUUUGACGAGUUUAAAUUUCGGACACAUAUUCAAGAAACAGAAACGGGAACAAAUCUUUAUUUAAAAAAAAAAAACUGUAUUAAACUACAUUAAAGGUUUUAACCUGUCCUGAUACGUUUAACAGGUCGUAGUGAAGGAUAUUGACUACGGAAAAACUGAGACGGUUUCCUUAAGUGCUCUGUGUGAGCUUCCUCCGUCGGUGAAGAACAUUCCGGGACAUGCAAUAAAGGCCAAGCUUGCUGGGCUGAAGAGAAAGGAAGGAACGAAGAGUUCUUAUGAUACAACAGGAACCGUUAAAUACCUGCUUAAAUCAAAACAAAAACGAGAGGUAAUAAGUAAGUUUACGUUGAUCACGGAAAUUGCCAGAGAGCAAAUGAGUUAUGAUUGAUGUAUACUGUAUUAAACUUUCCUCAGGUUCGGUUGAGACGUCGAAAUGUUUUGAGUGCAAUCAAAUACCACUUGCUCAAUCAAGCGUAAUGUGGCGUGUGAUGUUAACCUGCUAACUGUCCUUCAGUAUUGUCGCGCGCGUGGGCGCUCCCUGCAGUCUUGCUGUAAAAGUUUGCCUUCUCGACGGACUGGAAGUAUCGGUCAGCUUGGGCCGCUAACGGUUCACUAGUACCCUUUGAUGUCAAAGAUUUUGUAUAGGGAGCUUAAGCAACCAUGACGGCAACGGCAGCGAAAACGUCACUUAAAAUGUGAAUUCGCCCCGUUUCAAACUUUAUUACUCGUAUUCCAUGUCAUUCAUUUUUCGAACGUUGGGGAUUUUUCUGGAGUUUAUUCUGGAGUUGAUUCUGAAGGACCGUAUCGAAGUUAAAAAAAAGAAGCAGAAAAUCUUUGUCUUGUGUUUUCGUCCUCCAUGAAAGCUGAAACAAGGACGUGUCACGUUGUAGUCGUGCAACAACGGCAAUGAAAUGUAAGGUGGAUUCAUUUGCAACAUUCUCGUAUAGCUGUCGGCAAAAGAACAACUGUUCCAGCGGGCAAAUGCGACAGCUAUACGAGAAUGUUGCAAAUGAAUCCACCUUACAUUUCAUUGCCGUUGUUGCACGACUACAACGUGACACGUCCUUGUUUCAGCUUUUAUGGAGGACGAAAACACAAGACAAAGAUUUUCUGCUUCUUUUUUUUAACUUCGAUAAACCUAUUGCUUUUCUGCCAUUCUCGUUGCCAUCGCCGUCGUCGUUGUUUAAGCUCCCAAAUGUUGGCAACCAAUAACUAUCGGCCGGGCGGGAAGCAAUUUCAUCUUUCAGUAGAUGUUAUGUGACUUGGAACUAGCCAAUUAGAGUGCGCGCUGUAGGGAAACAAAAUCUACUGUAUACCAAGGCCUGUUAUUUUUUUCUAGGUGAUGGAAGCAUCGGUGAUAAAGCGAGAUCUUGAUGGCAUACAUCAUGUUGAAUUGUUUGAAUCUGGCUCAAUUUCAAGUGUUAAUGUUCAGUUGGUGAAGUUAGGUUAUGCUGACCUGGAUCUGUCCCAGUGCUCUCUCUCGGCUUCUUACGUCACGCCUCUUAAAUCAGGAGUUUUUAAAUCUCCUGAAAAUCUGAGAACCAGCGAUUCCCCUGUUACUGGUAAUGAGUUUUCUUUUGUCUCCUAGUAUUGCAGUGAUUGUACAUUUUUAUGUUAGGUAAUCAUAUUUUUAGAAGUGAAUUGGCCCAGACUGCCCUUGGCUGAAGUUAACAUGAUUCAUGGCGUGUAACUAAGGCCGCGUAUACAUGGAAAAAACUUGGCUUCACUUGCCUCCCCAAGCUACCCUUUGCGAGCCAACUUUGCCUCUAUUUCCUUGCAAAACUUGGCGAACCGUUUAGAGGUUGGCUCUGCUAGAAGGGUGACCUGCCUAGCCAGAUCAUUCUUCUAGCCGACCUAGUUUUUCUCUAUAAAAACACUCUAGCUCACCUGGACUGGUCAACACGGCCAAGGUGAGACAAUUCGCCCCUUGCACAUCUCCCAUAAUGCCCCUUAUUUGCCCUCCAAAAUUUUGCUUAAGCAUUGUUUUCAAUUUCCCUUGGGACGGCUGUAAUACCCGGGAGAAAUAAAGAACAAAGGUUAUCCAAAAUUUUGGCGGGCAAAUGAGGUGCAUUAUGGGAGACGUGCAAGUAGCGAAUAGCCCUUUUUUGAAUAGUCCAUUGUACAGUUACGGGUGCAAACGAGGCUGGAGUUGACCUUGUCUUGAUACAACUCUUCCUGCUUUAUUGUGUAAAUAAUCAUGUUGUUCUUAUGCCAACUAGUAUUUUUUUAGCAUGAUUUUCAUGAGAAAAGGAAAGAGGUUUUUAUGAAAACAAGGUCAACCUCAGUCUCAAGUUCACUCAGAGGCUAGGGUACUAAGCUCAUAACUGUAAAAUGCUCUAUUAAAAAUUACCGCUGAAUACAAACAUGAACGACACAUUCAUAAAGGGUUAGUCUCAAGGUAUUAUAUUCACAAAUUCCGGCAAGUAAGUGUUUGAAAUUUGAAAAUACACAAUAGACAGAGUCUUCUUCUCGUUGGAAUUUGUGAAUAUACUUACUUCAGAUGAAGGCAAAGCCUUCAAAAAAAUGCGUCGUCAGUUCUUUUAUUCAGCGGUCAUAGCGAACUCGAAACUGGACUAUUAGAGAAUGCGAGUGCUGUUGGAAGCUCUCGGCGGUGUGGGUAAAGGUGUCACCUUCUUUGUCAUGCAAACGCUAAAGAUGACUCGGUAGGGAAGGUGACCUUCUUUCCCGGAACAACUUAACCUCCUCAUGAACAGGGCCUUAAUUAAAAACUAUUACUAAUAGGGUGCACCUUGUUUACCCCAAGUAUUUUUCAUAAGCAUUGUCUUCAAAGUCUGUUGGGACGACUGUAAUACCCAGGUGAAAGUUGGAAAAUAGCUAUCUAAAAUAUUAGAGGAAGCGGGGAGGGUAAACAAGGUGUAUUAUGUUCAAUGCGAAAGUGAUAAAUUUGCUUCGAAAAAGCAGGACUGUAACAUGAUUAUUAAUGCUGCUGCAACUCGAAAUCCCAAACAUCGAUAACAUAAAAGAAACCUUUAGAUUCUAAGACGAAUACGACUACGAGUACAAGAUUUUCUCAAUACCACGUAGUGCUCACGCGAGAACCAGCGUCAUUUUGGCGGGAAAACGUGGUAGACGGCGUCACUCUACUACGAGUUUUAGCGCGAAUGUCGUGCUGGCAAAAACAAGAUGUCAGAUGCUAGAAGAUUCAUCAUCUUGCGAUCAGGAAAGCUCGUAACCUCCUUCACUUAAGAAAACAGUGCUAACUUUUCUUGUGAAAUAUGGUAAACUGAAGCUUUCCGGGAACUCUAUAUUAAUUUGAGAAUACGCAAAUUUUACUUUAAGUCAAAUCUCGUACUCGUAGUCGUCCUCGUCCUCGAAUCUAAAGGUCUCUAACAAUUACUCAUUUCCUACCGUUUGAAUAUCAGGAUUGACAGACAGAUUAAAGGAUCAUUGUGAGACUCGUUCAGUGCACUCUGAUUGGGAGGAUAGUUUAAUUGAAGUAGAGGAUGAGUGGGACGAUAUAACACCACGUACACAGACUCACGUGGAAACAGCACCAAGUGAUCAAAUGUAUUUGCCCCCUCCCCCUGGUACUCCUCUACCCAUUGCGACAAGUUCAGCGAGUGGCACACUCACUGUUAAACCGCCGAGUUCUCCAACGGGAUUUUCCAAGAGUUUGCAUUCAGUCAUAGGACCUUCGUUAUUAGGCGUAAAAAGCAGAAACGAACCAUUGGACUCUUGUAACCUUUACUCAGAAAACAAUGUCAACAGUGGAGGGUUUGAUGUACACCCUUGUUAUACAGAAGAACUUGAAAACCGCGCGUCCAACGAGGUGCGCCCUCCAUCUCCAGCAACAGGCUCAGAUAGCAGUGGUGUGUAUUCAGACACAAGUGUUAACUGGCUGUCAGGGGCUGAAACUGCACAAAGCAAGGAGGAAAAGUUAUCGCUGGGAAGUGUCAUACCUCAGCAAACUGAAGAAGCUAAUUCAGCUGGUCAAGAUUGGAGGCGGGAGAGAGAAGAACUCAUUCAGAGAGACGGCGAGCUGAGAAGGAUGUUAGAAAUGCCUCGCCAAGAGUUGAAGAAAAUGAUAAACUUAAGUCAAGAGAAAGAGAGAUUGGAGAGAAAAAUCAGGUAUGAGAGAAAUGCGUCUGUGUUGGGUUAGUUAUAGUAUUGAAGACCGAAGUGUUAAAAAGCAUUCAUCAAAGCUAAUAAUUUUUAAGUACAGUGUAAUCUCGUAGAAUUUUGAUUAUGGAUUUGUAAAUAACAGCAAUUACAGAAUUAUAACAAGUCCUGCGUUACCCCAACAACAAUGAAACGCUUACUUUUGCUUUUCUUUUCACAUCGUUACUGUUGACAUGACUGAUGGGAAUAUGAGACAGUUAGCUUUAGAAAAAACUUCUGUUAGUUCUUACACUGUUCUUAGCGUUUUUUGGCAAAACAAAGAAACAGAGAAAAGAUUACGUAAUACUGUGUUUGGAAAUGAGAUAUUUUAUUCUCAAACUCAUUAAUAAUUCAUUAAGAAAAUACAAAGGAAAUUACUGUGUUUGAAAACUGCUUAGUAUUUGCAAAUUUUAUUUCUCCUUCAAAAAUCAAAUAUCAAACAUUACCGCAUCACAGAUGAUAAGUUCGUCUUUAUUUAAACUCUCUUCUCGGUGUUUCAUCUGGUGAUGAAACACUGCGUCUCAUGUUUGAUAUAGUACUUCAAGUACCGCUACGAUAAGCUUUGAUAAGCCCCGCGCCGUGAUUUCGAGUAAAUACGACAAGAAAAACUAAAAAAAAAUGCUUCGUGGUGAGUAUGGCUGCAUUUGAUGAAAUAAAAGACCAAAUAAUAAUUUUUUUUUUCGUUGCGUUCACUUUUUUUUUGUUCAUCCUGAUGCGAGGUUUAUGAAUUUGUCAGAAUUCGUGCCUCUUGUUAAUCUCUUUUGGGCAGCGGAUACAGUUGGCUAGGAAGAAAACAGCGCAAGCAAAAUAGAAAAAAACGGAUUCGCUGAGAGCAGUAGAAGGACUGAAUCGAUUAGUGAAUCUACCCUCUUAAAAAAAAGCUUGUCUCUUUGCCCAGUAGUACUUAGCAUUGCCAUGUGAAAUACAGUGGAAAGCCCCAUCUAACAAAACAGCGACGAACAAAAUAGAAUAGAAUGGAUUCGCUGUCCGACUCUAAGAAAAUAGUUUUGGAACCUCCCUUCUUUGUUUCAAAGCAGGUGUUUUGACGAGGCUCUUCAUAGCUUUGUUUGACCACUGUUUGAAUUUCAAACCGUUUUCAGAACUAUUUUUUUUCCUACGGUGGGUGGACCUAGUUACUCUUCAAGGUUUUGUAGCCUUCGCCAGAGGCAAUGCAGUCGCCUUUCUCCCAGUUAUUUCCGCUUUCAAAUUCCGGCAAAGUGAUUUUACUUUUUCCAUUUUCUUUUCUUUUCCGUAUUUGUUUGUUUUGGCUUUCCUCUUUAUUCACCACUGUCGGCCCUUUUCCCGAGCGUCGCGAAGUUCUUCGAGACGCGCAUUUCUAGUUAUUAUUGCGUGUCGUGAUGAGUUAAUCUCUCUGUGUUUUUUCGUUGCUGUUUGCAGGGUAAAACAACUUGAAAACGAAAUCUUGAAACUCCAGAGAGAACUAAAGCAGCUUGAAUUUGAUAAGGAAGGGCUUGAAAAAGAAAUUGAUCAGUGA